AUGGCAGCACACGCACCGCCAGAAUAUAGAGACAACGAAGUCGAGCUCGAGUCUCUUGCCGACCCUCAAACUUUCGAGCAUCCGGACUCUCCGCUCCCGCUUCUCGAGGAUUCCACCAGAUCAAGAAGUCCAACACCCGACGCAACCAUGGAUAUGGCGCCAAAAUGGAUGAAUACGGCUCAGCCGUGGAGCCGAACUUUCUCUCAGAGACUCAUCGCGCUGCUGAGGCCGAGACUCGCUGUAGGCUACAUUAUCUGGUCGCUCAUUGGGCUGUACGUGCUCUACUGCAUCAUCGUUCGGUCGCCGCUCUUCGCAUCCAAGUUGCCGAACUACUCUGGAAAAUACGGCGUCGCGGCGAUCGACGUCGAAUUUCCCGUCCAGACACCCCGGAAAACGAGCGAGUCUGUCUUCAAGGACGGCAAGCCCGCAUUCGGAUUGGAGACGGUGCUCUUUACGCUCUACUACCCAGCAGCCAAAGGGGUGCGAGGGGACAGACCACGCCACCACUGGAUUCCAAAGCCGGUCAGUCUGACGGCAGAAGGGUAUGCGCGUGCCGCGCAUUUCAAUAACUUCAUCUCACGACCGAUCUUCACGUUUGCGCUGUGGGCCAUAGCUGGUAGCAUCACGAUUCCGGCUGAGGUGGACGUCCCGCUUCUCCCUCUAGACGAGAGGGUGGAUGAGAAGUUCCCGGUUGUGGUACUUUCGCAUGGUCAAGCUAGUUCGAGGACGGACUACACUCACUAUUGCGGUGAACUGGCCAGCUCUGGGGUCAUGGUUGCUGCCGUGGAGCACCGAGAUGGCAGUAGCCCCGGAUCGAUUGUCACCACUGAGGCCGGAGAGAGGAGGGUUAUGUAUCUGAAUAAGAAGGAGCUCAUCGGUGGUAAAGAGAUGGAAGAUGACGAUUUCAAAUUCGAGCAGCUUGCCUUCCGACAGGCGGAGAUCGAAGAGACAAUCGCCGUCUUGAAGACGCUAAACGCCGGGGAGGGGGCGGAUGUCUUUGCCAGAAACGCCAGAAACGAAGGAAGAGACCUGCAGCAGUGGUCAAACCGGCUCAACUUCUCACAGACAGUGGUCGCGGGACACUCCCUCGGCGCGACGGGCGCGUUGCAGGUCCUCAAAGGCGCGACGUCGGAGCGCAACCCGGCCGUCGGCGGAAUCAUCCUCGACCCGGGCAAGAGCAGCGGACGGCUUAACACCGACAUCGACGUCCCGAUCCUCGUCGUGCACUCCGACUCGUGGUCGAAGAAGGUCUCGGUCUUCUUCGGCCGGCCGCACUUCGACACGGUCAGAGACAUCGUCAAGGACGUGCUGAAGAGGGUCGGCUCGAGCUGGUUCCUGACGAGUCUGAAGACGAGCCAUCCCAGUGUCACGGAUGCGCCGCUGAUCGAGCCUCUGCUGCUGCGGUGGACUACCGGGGCUACGAUUAACGUCAACGAGGGCCUGAGGGAGUAUGUGAGGGUUUCGAUGGAGUUUCUUGACUUCUUGAGGAAUGGGACUCGGGAGGGUAUCCUGUCUGAGGGGGUGACGCAUAAGGAGUAUGGGGAGGAUACGAGGACGGAUGAGCAGAAGGCGAGGAUGCCGAAGGAAACGACAAAGUACUGGCAGAUCCAUGUUGCGCCUCCUCGUGACGAGUCGGGUGGCAAGUAG